AUGGAGUUGACUACCAGCAUAAUUGGCAUAGUCCAAGCUCUUGCUAUGGGAGUAAUCAGUCGAGGUAAAACGACCGCAAAGUUUUUGGAUUCGGAUCUCCCCAUUAAUGAAAACAAGUUCAAAAAUUGCAUAAUUGAUUUUAUUCGGAAGCUUCCUCCUGUACUAAUUGCAGAAGACAUCAAACAAUUGGCACUUAGCACUCGAUAUGUUGAUACUUUUUUGUCCGGUUUAUUUGAUGAUCCGGACAAGCGUAUAUACCUAUGUGAUAUCUCUUAA